AUGGCAGAGGAUAAAUACCUGAGGAACGCAGAAGAUAUUGAAAAGGAAUUCUCUGUGGAUGUUGAGAGGGAAUCUCAGCCGCCAGUUAGAAUAUCUCAUUCCAUUGAGGAGAUUCUCAGACGGCCAUCAUGUGUCAGAAAAGAGAGCGGAGUUCAUCACAGCCGUUCUGUCAUCAAAGACAACAGCCAACUCUCAAACCAUCAUCCACGUUCAGGUCAGAGAAAAAAGAGGCAGACCCGGGUGACUUUCACACCGCGGCAGGUGCAGGAGCUGGAGAAGGUCUUCCAGCAGACCCACUACCCAGACGUCCUGACCAGAGACCAGCUGGCGUCUCGUCUGCUCCUCACCGAGGGACGGAUCCAGAUUUGGUUUCAAAACCGCAGAGCCAAGUGGAGAAAGACCGAAACGAUGAAGGACAUUGAGCUGAUGACGAGACAGCGCCUGCAUGCAUCCGGUUACGGCCUUUAUCCGAACGAGAAGCCUCUGCUGCGCCCCGUCUGCUGGCUGCCAUACUACCUGCCCAAACCUCUUCAGUCCAGUCUGUAUUUCCCAUCAGCCCCGUCCCUGCUGACCAACACACAUCCCUCACACCAAAGGACUCUGUAUUUUGACAUGAGGGAAACCGUGCGGUAG